GUGCGUUUGGCCCCGCUCAGCCGCCGUAACGGGGCCUCUGCGCAUGCGCAGGAGGAAACGGAGCGAAGGUGAAGAUGGCGGCGGCCAUGGCCGGGGCCCUGGGAGUCCGAUGGCUGCAAAGGGCGGUCCGGAGCGUGGUGCCCUCCGGGGCACGGACAGCCUUCCACAUGACUAAGGACAUGCUCCCGGGGCCCUACCCCAGGACCCCCGAGGAACGGGCCGCCGCUGCCAAGAAGUACAACAUGCGGGUGGAAGACUACGAGCCGUACCCGGACGACGGCAUGGGGUAUGGGGACUACCCGAAGCUUCCUGAGCGCUCCCUGCACGAGAGGGAUCCGUGGUAUGAAUGGGACCACACCGACCUGAGGAUGAACUGGGGUGAGCCGAUCCACUGGGACGUAGACAUGUAUCUCAGGAACCGUGUGGACACGUCCCCCACGGCUCUUUCUUGGGAUGUCAUGUGUAAGCAGCUCUUCGGCUUCGUGGCCUUCAUGCUGUUCAUGUUCUGGAUGGGCGAGGUCUACCCCACCUACCAGCCAGUGGGGCCAAAGCAGUAUCCUUACAAUAACCUGUACCUGGAACGAGGCGGCGAUCCCAACAAAACACCCGAGCCAGUGGUUCAUUAUGAGAUUUGAGGCGGCUUCAGGGGCUCCGUGCACCGCCCCCGCUCCUCAUUCCUCAAGGUUCCAUCUCACUGAAAACCCUAAUAAAACCUAGUGUUACGGUC